CAGAGAGAGUAACUGUACAGAGUAGUGGGGAGUGGAAGUUAUUGACUGACCUGCGCUGAGUCGCUGACUACAACAGAGGUGGAGUGGAGGUGGUAAGAACUCAACUGACUGCAAGUUCAAGACAUGCUGAGCAUUUCAAAAUCGGAAAAGGAGGGAAAACAACACUGCAGGGAGAGUUCAGUUGCGGCGGAAGAGAAAGGAGGAGGAGAUACGAGGUCGGGAUGAGCUCCGGGAACGGGAGAAGAUUGAUUCCCUUCUUGUUGUUCUUCUUUGUGAGCUGGCGCGGGUCAAGUAUAGUAGGCUUGGUUGCGGAGAGGGCUCAAGGUGCUGCCGUGUUCGAUGUCAGGAGCUUCGGUGCUGUUGCAGAUGGUUUCACUGAUGACAGCAAUGCCUUCUUGGCAGCAUGGAACAAGGCGUGCCGGUUCUUGGGCGAAGUGAAUAUAUUGGUGCCAAGAGGAACAUACUUAUUGGGGCCGAUCAGGUUCGCAGGUCCUUGCAGUAGCGUGUCGUCCUUCACAUUCCAAAUCAAGGGUUAUCUUAAGGCAUCGACCAAUCUGUCCAAGUAUGAGCCAGGUGGUGGUUGGAUCGAGUUCAGGUGGACGGAAGGCCUGACUUUAACAGGAGGAGGAACAUUCGAUGGUCAAGGGGCUAAAGCCUGGCCUUACAAUAAUUGCCCGAUGAAUAUCAACUGCAAGCUUCUCCCAACUAACUUGAAGUUCAUAGCGAUGAACAGAACGGUUGUGCAACGACUAACAUCCCUAAAUAGCAAAUUCUUUCACAUUGCACUGGUGGAGUGCAGGGACUUCACAGGCAGCGAGAUAGAGAUCUCGGCACCGGAAGAUAGCCCGAAUACAGAUGGCAUACAUGUGGAAAGAAGCUCGGGGAUUGACAUCUCAAGAUCCCGAAUUGGUACCGGAGACGAUUGCAUCUCCGUAGGCCAAGGGAACUCUCAAGUCACCUUGACCAGUAUUGCUUGUGGACCCGGUCAUGGAAUAAGUGUGGGUAGUUUGGGAAGAUAUCCCAACGAAGGGGACGUGAGGGGCUUGGUGGUGAGGGACUCCACAAUAAGCGGGACCACGAACGGCAUACGGAUCAAGACAUGGCGGGACUCCCCCGGCAGCAGCGCCGCCACCAACAUGACAUUCGAGAACAUAACAAUGCACAAUGUCCGGAAUCCUAUCCUGAUCAAUCAGGCGUACUGCCCAUUCAGGUCCUGUAGUUCCAAGGUGCCAUCUCGAGUGGAGCUGAGCGAUAUACGAUUCAAGGACAUAAGGGGGACGUCGUUGUCUCCGGUGGCAGUGGCGUUGGAGUGUAGCAGGGCGAUACCGUGCAAGGACGUGUACCUCGAAAACGUGCAUUUGGAGCUUCUGAGGAGUGGUGAAAACAAGGAGGGACAUGUUGCCACUUCUUCUUCAUGUAAGAAUGUCAAGGCCAAAUUCAUUGGGACUCAAAUUCCACCACCUUGCCCUUAGCAAAAAAGACCCAAAAAAAAAAAGGACCAUACUUACCACCACAACCACAAAGUUUCAACAUGUGCUAUAUCCUUAGUAAAAUGUCCUGUUGUAAGACUGUAAGUUUGUCCCCCCUACGUACCAAGAUUUAUCACCUUUUUUUUUAUUGUUAAAACCCUAGAUUACGAGGUACGAACCGGAACUUGUAAUUCAUGUUUAAUCAGAUGAAAAACACCAUCGCUCGGUGUAUGAUUUUGUAUUGGUAAAAUGAUUAUGUGUAAU